GCGCACGCUAUAAAAACGCAGCCCCGGCGCCAAACUCUGGCCUCCUCCCUCACCCACCAGCCGAACAGAGAGCUCCACUCCACUGGACACUACUGACCUAAACUGGCCCCGCUCCCGCUGCCCCACCACUCCUUCCACCGAGCAUGCGGCGCCUGCUGGCCUCCGCCGAGCACCUGGCCGCGGUGGCCGCCGCGACGCCGCCGCCGCCGGGGGCGUCGGCAGGCGUCCACACGGACACGUUCCUCAUCCUCGCCGCCGUGCUCUGCUUCCUGCUCUGCGUCGUCGGGCUCGCCUUCGUCGCGCGGUGCUCGCGGCUGUGCAACCCGUCGGCCUACUCCGUGGAUGCGGAGCACGGCGACGGGGCGGCAAUGCCGCAUGCGGCGGCGAAGCGCAAGGGGAUCGAGGAGGAGGCGCUGCGGAAGCUGCCGACCGUGCCGUUUGAGGCCGGCAAGGAGGGGGACGGCGGGGAGGGGGAGCGGCCGGAGUGCGCCAUCUGCCUCGCCGAGUUCGCGAGCGGCGACGAGAUCCGCGUGCUCCCGCCGUGCGGCCACGCCUUCCACGCGGCCUGCGUCGACACCUGGCUCCUCUGCACCUCCACGUGCCCCUCCUGCCGCAGCGCCCUUGUCGUGGCCCCGGCGCCGGCGCUGGUAGCAGCGUCCUCGGAUCCUCUCCAGUGCUGCGCGUCGGCGCAGGCCUCCACGGAGCCGGAGUACUCCGUCACCGUCGCCGUCGCCGUCGUCGAGCGCGGACCUUGCCGAGCGUCGGUGUCGUAGGCUGCCGCGCGUCCAUGGGCACCACCAACACCUUGUACAUACACGUAGCCUCCUUCCGGUCCUGCCACAAUUCCCGAUGGAUAACUGAAGCAGUACAGUGUGCAAUGGUGAUUCAAUCAAUCACUUGUAACGUCUGCUUGGGACAUUUUAAUCUGUGAAUAUUAAGUGCAAAAGUUUUCUCAAGAACUACGUGGCAAGAUUGCCCUCUUUCA